AAGUGUCAACAAAUAACAACAGAAAAGGUAUUUUGCGCGAUGCUCCGGGUUUCGCAAGAUUCUUAUUUUGAGAGUAAAUGUCUCCAUGAAACGCGGUAAAUUUAACUAGCUUAGUGUAAUAAUAAGCAUGUCCCUGUACCAUGCGAACGCAGGCCAGGCGGAAAUCAUCCGCACCAUCCAGAAGGAUGAAACCUACGUGGAGGAAAUCCGGGCCCAGCUAAGUGACACCCUUCUACUAAUCAGCCAGAAAAACUGGUUCAAAUAUCAGCACCUGUGCAAGCUGAUAGCGGAGGUCCUGUACCACCACUACGCGAUCGUGCACAACCUACAAACGCUGGGCGAAGAGUACACCGGAAUUAUCCAGGUGGACGCGAACUAUGUGAUGCUACCUAACAAGGCCUUACAAAUCUUCGCCAUCCUGCUGGAGUACGGAGGCGAGCACGUGGUCGAGCGAAUCCUAACUCGGCUGCAGAUGGCCAUCGAUCGCAGCGACGAGCUGCUACCGAAGGCGAAAGAAAAUUUCAACCUCACGCUGGACGCAAUGAAGUUCAUCAUUCCGUACGUGCGGGGUUUUCACACCAGUCUGUUCUACAUUUCCGGCGGAAAGUAUCACAUCUCCAAACGCUUGACGGGGAUCAACUACGUGCUAAUCCGGAACUGGUUGAAAGAAAAUCACUCGAUAUACGGCUUCCGGGUGCUGGGGGUGGUCACCCUGGCACAGCUGAUUCUUUCACUGGUGGUCAAAGCGAAGGCGUACUGGAAGAAGUCGAAAAGCGUUUCGACUGGGGUGGCGCGAAAACGACCAGCGGAAGCAUCGGAGUCAAGACGUGCCGCAAGUGGACGGAAAUGUACCCUCUGUCUGGAGGUCGCGAUGGACCUCAGUGUAACUCAGUGUGGGCAUCUUUUCUGCUGGUCCUGCAUUCUGAAUUGGCUUGACGAACGGCCGGUUUGUCCGAUUUGCCGGGAGGCCAUCAAAAAGUCACGUGUUGUGAAGUUGCAAAACUUCUCCUAGAGUGGUUUUGCAGGGAGUCGUUUCACUUCUAUGAAAUGAAAGGUGAGCGGGUUAAGUUUGAUUAUAUUUAAUAUGUACAAUAUACCUCGGAAGCACUUGUUUCGAGUCCGUUUUUUUUUCUUGUUAUAAUAUGCUAAGUUGCUAGCUGUUUAGGGGGGGUAGAAUUUUGAUGGUUUUUAAAACGAAAUAUUUACACAAGCGAGGCAGACGCCCGCAGUAUUCUUGAAUAGGAUGGCCUAAUAAAUUAGUAUUUUUGGACGAAUAAAAUUUUUCUCUUGGCUCUUUUCUA